AUAAAACAAGCAGUUGUGGACGAUCAAUUGGUUUGAUUUCUGCAGUGAUUGUAGGAUACUAGAUCAUCACUUGAAACGUAUCCACAAGGAACCAUUUGGAUACUACAGGAAUCAUGACAGAAGAUAUCCAAGUUCCAACCAGCAUGUCUGAAUAUAAUCGGAAUGUGCCCUCUGAAAAACCACAGCUCCAAGUCAUUGAUAUUAUCGAUCAAAUAGCAAAUUCUGUUGAGCUAUUUCCUUAUGAAACUGCAGAGCCGAGUUCUGGUUCUCUACUUACACAAGAAAACCAGGAAGGAACCAAUAACUUAGUAGAGAACACAGCAUAUGAAGUUUCAGUUGGGAUGAAGGAUCAUGGAGGAAAGCCAGAGGGAAACAAGGAAGAAAAAGCUGACAUCUCUUCCCAGAAAACAAGAUAUUGGGAAGAAGAAUCUGGAGAAGGGCUCUGUGGGGAAAGUCAUCCCGUAAGCACCCAAGAACAUGAAGCAGCUAAGCAGGAAGAAUGGGAUGUACGGCAACCUCAGGAUGAAAAGGCCUACAGCACUAAUGAGGCAGAGGAGGAUCAGAAAGAAGCACAGUUGAGUGAACCCAAGGAGCACAUAAAAGAAGAAACACAAUUAGAAGCAAACGAGUACCCAACAGAGGAAGAUUCAGAUGGCACAGAAGAAGGAAUGCGAAAGGAAAAUAAUGAGGAUUCUCAUAAACCAAGGCAGGAGGGUGACAGCAACAGCAAGGAUUUCUUUCCUACCAAUCCCAGCUGUAACUCCCAGACUGAGAAGCCCGAUGAGCAGGCAGGCUCAAUGAAAAAAAAUGAUAUCUCCAGGCAUAGUUAUUCUCGAUACAAUACAAUAUCUUACCGGAAGAUCCGGAAAGGAAACACAAAACAGAGAAUUGAUGAAUUUGAGUCCAUGAUGCAUUCAUAAACUGAGGCAGAGAAUUUGAUCAACGUGCUGCAAUUCCUUCCCUU